UUCUUGUAUUGCGCAAGCUCUUCUUCACUUCAAUCCCUUGAGCUUCCAAGCAGCGAGAUUACCGAUGCAGUCGUCGAGCAAGUUGCAGGAAAGCUCUCCAACAUCACCUUCUUGGACAUAAGCUCCUGCAAGAAAAUUGGAGCCAGAGCUCUCAAAGCAUUUGGCAAGCACUGCCAAUCCUUAGUCGGUCUCCGGCGAACAAUGCGACCACUCGAGGUCACCGACAUGGUCUGUCACGACGAGGAAGCCGUCGCAAUCGCCCUCACCAUGCCCAAACUUCGUCACCUCGAGCUCGCUUAUCUACUGCUGACAACACAAGGAGUUCUUCACAUCCUCCUGCAUUGCCCUGAUCUCGAGUUCCUGGACAUCAGGGGAUGCUGGGAUGUGAAGAUUGACGAGACGUUGAAGGAGAAGUAUGCAGGAGUGAGGGUUCUGGGGCCUGAUAUCGUUGAUGAUCGGAGCUUCUUGGAUGAGUUUUCUGAUUACACAGAUAGUUCUGAUUAUUCAUGGGAGUUCAUGGAUGAUGUUUAUGAUGAUGAUGUUUAUGAAGAUAUGAGUGAUGAGGAGAGUGUUUGGAAUGAUGAUUAUGAUGUUGAUUAGAAGAGCUUGGAGAAGGUUGACAAUGGUGAA